GUGUCAUCAAGUAGUUAAUUUUCAGUUUUACUUUAAAGAUUGCCAGUGCCACUGUUUCUUGCAAGGUUGUCAUUCAAGAAUCAUAAGGAAUCAGUACCACAAUGACAGUGACGUGUUGGAUGCACUUGCUGCUGUUCUCUCUGUGUUGCCAUUAUGAGAUCCAGCCUGCUGCAUGUAAACCUGUGUGGAUGACACCACAGUUCCCUUGUGAUGUCACAGCUGACAAUACCUCUCAGGUUCUAUUUGACUGUAAGGGGCGUCAUCUGCAGAGAGUACCUGAUGGGAUAACGAGUAAUGCAACUGAGCUCAACUUAUCAGAAAAUUUCAUUAAGAAUAUUUCGGUUAAUUCAUUUUCCAAACUGCCGAAUCUGACUCAGCUCAAUCUCAGCUGGGCAAACAAGAACAGAGAAGUGAUGAUUGCUGUGAAUGCUUUCAAAAAUCUGACAAAACUGACUGAACUGAUACUGACUGGCAAUGGUCUGAAGGAAAUUCCCAGCAAUCUCCCUCUCAGCUUGGAAAUCCUCGAGCUGAACACAAACCACAUUAUGUCAGUGGAUAACAGGAGCCUUGCUGGCUUAACAAAGGUGACACAUUUACAGUUAUCCAAAAACUGCUACUUCUGGAAUCCUUGUGGGAAAUCUGUUACGAUUAUGGAAGACAGUUUUGCAGUUAUGAGCAAACUGCAGGCUCUGGACUUGUCGUAUAACAACUUAACUCAAGUUCCCAAAAGAUUACCCCAAUCAUUACGCAUAUUAUACCUGGGUGAUAAUGCAAUUCAGUACAUAUCUGAAGAUGAUUUUCUUGGGCUACCAAAUGUAAAAGUCCUAAAAAUACAAGGGAACUGUCCAAGAUGUCAAACUGCUCCAUAUCCCUGUGUUCCUUGCAAAAACGGUUCUCUUGGUAUCCAUCCUAAUGCAUUUCACAGUCUGACACAGCUCGAGACACUGAACCUGGGAGGAAGCUCACUGGACCACCUGAAUCCCUCCUGGUUUGAGAAGCUGAACAAGCUUAAACAAUUGUUCCUGUCAUUUAACUUCUUGUUAAAAGCAAUUACUGAGGAGGCAACAUUUCUAAGAUAUCUUCCAAAGUUGGAAAAACUUGAUCUUUCUUUCAACUUUGCUCUCAAGUUAUACCCUACAACAUUAAAUCUCUCAACAGAGUUUUCAAAUCUUGUGUCACUCAGAACUUUGCAUUUGGAUGGUUUGGUCUUCCAGAGUAUUGGACCGGGCACACUCAGACCUCUGUACAAGCUCGAACAUCUACAUGCACUAAAUUUAGGGACUAACUUCAUUAUUCACUCUGAUUCCACCAUAUUCAGCCAAUUCCAUCACCUGAAAAUGAUAUACCUUGCAGAAAACAGGCUGUAUCCCAUUCCAGUGAGUAGUCCACCACAUCCAAGUAACGGAUACAAUCCAAAGAGGUCGGACCUUUCUAUUUCACCGCUCGUAAAAUUCCAUCCGAAAGAUUUUGAUUAUGAGCUGUCACACGGCCUUAUCAAGGAAGAGUGCUUUGAGUCUGGACGAGUGCUAAUACUCAGCUCAAAUAAUCUUUUCUUCAUUUCUCCAAAGCAAUUCGAGGGCUAUGGAAAUAUUGCAUGUCUCAACCUCUCAGGAAAUGGAUUUUCAGCAGCACUUAAUGGAACAGAGUUCUCUUUGCUGCCUAAUCUGACAUACCUGGACCUGUCAUUCAAUAAGAUUGAUCUGGCCUAUGACUACGCUUUCAAAGAACUAAAGAAACUACAAGUGCUGGACCUCAGUAACAAUGAUCAUUACUUUAAAGCGUUCGGGGUUACGCAUAAUUUAAAUUUUACAAAAAAUCUGCCUGCUCUGAGGGUGCUGAACAUGAGUCAUAACUCCAUUUCUACACUAACGACCAAACAGAUGUACAGCAAAUCAUUAACAGAACUUCAGUUUACAAAUAAUAAUCUUGGGACUCUUUGGAAAGAACGGGAUGGCUCAUAUAAAAUGCUUUUUACUAAUCUUACUAAUUUGACGAUUUUAGAUAUAUCCCACAACAAGAUUGCAAAGAUUCCAGACAAUGUUUAUGAAUAUCUGCCACGUAACCUCACCAUACUACGCAUAAGUCACAACUUGCUUACUGAUUUCAUAUGGGACAAGCUCAAGUUUUUCCAUCAAAUUCAAAUUUUAGACCUGGGCUUCAAUUCUUUAUCUAAUGUAACAGGCAUAAACUCAAACGUCAUCCACAAUUUGACUUUCCUUGACCUGAGUCAUAAUCUGAUUUUCCACUUGGACAAUUGGUUUCUAAAGGGUGCAAAAAGCCUGAUGACUCUUAGACUUGACUACAACAAACUGACUAUCAUCAAUGAAUCCACUUUCCAAUCGAGACCCGAAUCUAAGAUUCAGACCUUGUUCUUGCAGGGUAACCCGUUCCAAUGUACCUGUGAUUCAUUAGAUUUCAUUGUGUGGAUUGAAAACAGUGAUGUAAAGAUCCCACGACUGACCACCGAGGUGCUAUGUGACACACCAUCAAACCAGAAGGGACAAGCUCUGAUCCACUUUGACAUUAACCAGUGUGUAAAUGACAGUCAGGCGUUCUUGAUCUACAUUCUCACAAAUUUCUUAAUUGUUGUUUUUAUGUUUGUGGCAACAGUUGCUCACUUAUUUUACUGGGAUGCUUCCUAUGUCCUACACUAUAUGAAAGCUAAGCUGAAGGGAUACAUAUCCAUGAACUCGCUAGCUGGUGUUUAUGAUGUCUUUGUGACUUACGACACCACAGAUCCACAUGUCUCUGAGUGGGUGAUGAGGAAUCUGCGAGUUAAACUGGAAGAGGAAGGAGAGAAGCAUCUCCCCCUGUGUCUGGAGGAGAGGGAUUGGCUUCCUGGAGUCCCACUGGUAGAUAACCUCGCUCAGAGCAUCCGGUACAGUCGGAAGACCCUGUUCGUCUUAACGGAGGGCUACGUUAAGACCGGGGUUUUCAAGAUGGCGAUGUAUCUGGCCCACCAAAGACUGCUCGAUGAAAAUGUGGAUGUGAUCGUGCUGCUGAUGCUUGAACCCGUCCUGCAGCAUUCUCACUUCCUGCGCCUGAGGAGGAGGCUGUGCGAGAAGAGUGUUGUAGAGUGGCCGAGAACAGCUGCCGCACAGCCCUGGUUUUGGCAGAACCUGAGAAAUGUGGUCAGAGUGGACAACCAGGUGAUGUACAACAAGACUUAUUCAAAGUACUUCACCAGCAAGUGAACCAAUGACAACUGUUUGGGAAUGAUUUAUAACUUUUAAAAUGUGGACAAUAACAUCUGAAGCCUUUUUUAAAACUAGUGUUCUAUAUCAACACCGAUGUGGUCAUUUACAGCUUUUAAUCACUGCCUAAUAGAAGACAAAUAAAGACAUUCGUUAUUAUUAUGUUUUUUUUAUUUACAAUGACAUUGAAUGUCUUGUACUUUGUUUGCAAAUAUUACAGUAGCCUAUAUGAAUACAUAAAUCCAUUAAAAAUCUGUGCCAUUUGUAGAUGUAAA